AUGCCUGGUGGCGGUGUCAUCUCCGCGGCCGCGGAUGCCUCGCGUGUCGAGGCUCCGGUCACCUUCAAGGCGUACCUGAUGUGCGCCUUUGCUGCCUUUGGUGGUAUCUUCUUCGGAUAUGACUCUGGUUACAUUAACGGUGUUUUGGGAAUGCAGAAAUUCAUCAUGCAAUACGAGGGUCUUGAUCCAUUGACCACCCCCGCCAAGAAAUUCGUUAUCCCUUCCUCCCGCAAGUCGCUCAUCGUCUCUAUCUUGUCAGCUGGAACCUUCUUUGGAUCUUUGAUUGCCGGUGAUUUAGCUGAUUGGUACGGUCGUCGUACCACUAUCAUCGCCGGCUGUUUCGUGUUUAUCAUUGGUGUCGUUCUACAGACUGCUGCCAGCAGCCUGGGACUGCUAGUUGCUGGCCGUUUGAUUGCUGGGUUCGGUAUCGGUUUUGUGUCUGCUGUCAUCGUCCUCUACAUGUCUGAGAUCGCACCCCGCAAGGUUCGCGGUGCUAUUGUCUCCGGCUACCAAUUCUGUAUUACCAUUGGAUUGAUGUUGGCUUCCUGUGUCAACUAUGCUACCCAAGAGCGUAUGGAUACCGGCGCAUACCGCAUUCCGAUCGCUCUCCAGAUGCUCUGGGCUGUGAUCCUCGCCAUUGGACUGUUCCUGCUUCCUGAGUCCCCUCGUUUCUACAUCCGAAAGGGUGAGAAGGAGAAGGCUCGUGCAGUUCUGGCCCGCAUUCGUGGUCAACCCGCCGACUCUGAAUACGUUGAGCUCGAGCUGAACGAGAUCGACGCAAACAACCAGUACGAGCUUCUUGCUAUUCCUCAAGGCGGCUACUUCACUAGCUGGCUCAACUGCUUCACCGGUAGCCUCUGGCAGCCAAACAGCAACCUUCGCCGUACCGUUCUUGGUACCUCCCUGCAGAUGAUGCAACAAUGGACUGGUGUCAACUUCAUCUUCUACUUCGGAACCACCUUCUUCACCCAGUUGGGCACAAUUCAGAACCCCUUCUUGCUGAGCAUGAUCACCACUAUCGUCAACGUGUGUUCCACUCCCAUCUCCUUCUACGCUAUCGAGAAAGUAGGACGUCGUCCACUUCUCCUCUGGGGUGCCUUGGGUAUGGUUAUCUGUCAGUUCAUCGUUGCCAUCAUCGGCGUGACCGAUGGCCACAACCCCAAGGCUAUCAGUGCCAUGAUCGCAUUCAUCUGCAUUUACAUCUUCUUCUUCGCCAGCACCUGGGGUCCCGGUGCCUGGGUCGUGAUUGGUGAAAUCUUCCCCCUGCCUAUCCGUUCCCGUGGUGUCGGUCUGUCUACCGCCUCCAACUGGCUCUGGAACUGCAUCAUCGCCGUCAUCACUCCCUACAUGGUCGACGAAGACAAGGGCAACCUUAGUGCUAAGGUCUUCUUCAUCUGGGGCUCUCUCUGCACUUGUGCCUUUGUCUACACAUACUUCUUGAUCCCUGAGACGAAGGGUCUGACCCUGGAGCAAGUCGACAAGAUGAUGGAGGAGACUACUCCUCGCACUUCCGCCAAGUGGAAGCCUCACACCACCUUCGCAGCCGAGAUCGGUAUGAUCGACGAGAAGGCUGCUGUAGCUCCCACUGUUACUCAACAAGAGGUCUAA